AGCGGCUGACGGGGUGCAGCGAUGUGAGCGAGGCCCUGACAGAGAUGAAGGAGGAGAAGCGGCGCAUGGACAUGGAGCGCAAGGUCUCCAUCGCCCAGCUCUUCCGCUGCCGGAUCUAUCGCCAGCCGCUGCUCAUCGCUGUGGUGCUCCAGCUGUCCCAGCAGCUCUCCGGCAUCAAUGCGAUAUUCUAUUACUCCACCAGUAUCUUUGAGUCAGCUGGGCUGGAGCAGCCGGUGUUUGCCACAAUCGGCGCUGGGGCCAUCAACGCCGCCUUCACCAUUGUCUCGCUGUUCCUGGUGGAGCGGGCAGGCCGCCGGACGCUGCACCUGGUGGGGCUGGGAGGCAUGAUGGUUUGUGCCGUGGUGAUGACAGUGGCGUUGGUGUAUCUGGAUCGGGUGCCGGCCAUGAGCUACAUCAGCAUGGUGGCCAUCUUCGGCUUCGUGGCUUUCUUCGAGAUUGGGCCGGGGCCCAUCCCGUGGUUCAUCGUGGCCGAGCUGUUCAGCCAGGGGCCCCGCCCGGCGGCCAUGGCGGUGGCCGGGAGCUGCAAUUGGACCUGCAACUUCAUCGUCGGCAUGGCCUUCCAGUCCAUGGCGGACGCCUGCGGGCCGUACGUCUUCCUCAUCUUCGCGGCCCUCCUCCUUGGUUUCUUCCUCUUCACCUACUUCAAAGUCCCUGAGACGCGGGGCCGGACCUUUGAUCAGAUUGCGGCCGCGUUCCGACGCACCCCGUCUCUGUUAGACCACGAAAUCAAACCCUCCACCGAGCUGGACUGUCUGGGGCCAGAGGACAACGUCUGACCCGGGGCGGGAGCGAUCGGCCAGAGAGAGACACACAAAAGGAAUGUAACCGUAACCCAGCACUUUAACGACACAGCGAGGUUUAGAGAUUUUUAGGUUAGUUGUUUUUAGCUUUGUGGGUU